CGUGUGUUGGAAAAUUAAAGAAGAACCAAAAAGUCUCCCUUUCACUUAUGCACAGUGACUACCUGCCGCAGAGUUAAUUUGUAUACCUAUCAGCUUUCCCAAACUAUACGAGAAACUCUCCCAUCGAUCGACCAUCCCACCGCCUGCAGCAAGCAACCACUCAUUUCUCGGUGUGACUCUCUCCAGAAAACCAAGAACCCCAAAGCGCAAGGCCCCUACUCUUGCAUCGCUGGCCCCCCCCCCCCCAGUUUAGCGGGCCCACGUGAAAGGGCGAUAAGCUCGAGAAGAGAAAAAGAAAAACAGUCGUGUGCCUUCCCACCCCUCCUCUCUUUCAACCUCCCCCUUCCUCUUCGUCAUCCUCCUCUCAUCAUCUCCAACCUCGACCACUCUCCAUCCCGACGCGCGCUGCGCGUCUCCCACUACUCCCGAUGUGGCUCUUUCGCGUCUUCUCGUCGGCCGUCUUCCUCACCGUGGUCGUCUCCUCGAUUCCGCUGGCCUUCGAUGUAGGCGGCAAAGUAUGCGGUCUGGCCUUUUCGCUCUCUCUCGCCACGUUCUACUUCCUCUUCUCGCUGUUGAAGGUCUCCACUCCCGACCGCUCUUGGUUCCGUUCCUCUCUGGUCGUCGUGGUCAGCUCCACACAAUGGAUCCUGAUCCCGAUUCUGUUGAUCUGGUCUUUGAACCGCUUCUCGGUCGAUGCGGACAGUAGCGGUGGAUGGGUUGAGCGCACUUUCACAGGACAGAGGGCAUCGGACAGUUCAAUUCAGGAGUGGCUCUUUGGUCGAGAUGGCUUGGUGGAGACGGUGACCCUGGGCAAUUGGGAUAGACUGCUGCGCUGGUCCACCCCCGUGUUCCAGCUUGCGGAGGGGUUCUGUAGCUUGCUGGUUAUCCAGGCUGCUGGCCAGAUUACGCGUUGGCUGGUGAAUCGAGGUGGGCGAAGUGACAGCUGGAUGAUUGGCCUUCUCGUUCUCUCUGCGACCGUCAUUUCCAGCUCCGUCUACUUCCUCUGGCGUGUCCUUCAGUUCCCUGAAAUUUCCAAUGUCGACGCGGCCCUGAUCGGUGUCUCUAUCACAUGCGCGGUCAUUUUGUGCGCGUGGGGUAUUGGCAGUGGACGUGGAAACCCCGUGGAGAGCUCUCUGCUCUUCGCCUACACCGUCCUCUGUAUCUACCAGAUCUUCACGGACUACCAGCCCUCGUAUCCGGUCGAGCAAGCUCCUUCUCCUUCGCAGGCGGGUGACUUCCCUCCACUUCCACCGAUCAUCAUGGCAUCGUACACCACCCUCAUGCAUGCGUUAUCUCUGUUACCUUCGAUCAUCCACGCCGCUUUCAACGUCAUCACCGCGGUCUUCAGUGCCGUUACCCCGUCAGUUCUGAUUUCUCUCGCGUAUCGGUUACUCGUGUUGUACGCGUCAACGCGGAUCAUUCCCGCCGUGCGGGAAUCCGGCGCUCGAGCGCUCUCGCAGGAGGCCUCUCUGGACGAUUCCGACGCGGCUGGCCAAGUUUUGGGCUUCCUGAGCUAUUUCGCCCCGUCUAUUCUCAUCGCUGUUUACACUAGCCUGCUGAUGCAGCACUUCGCGUCUGCAUCGCAAGCUAUGGGCGGCAGUGGUGAGUGGUGGAGCAGCCAAGGAGGCGGUGGGGGCAAUCUUUGGAGAUGGAUCAACCUUGCCUGUACUAUGGGUCUUUAUGCGGUUGAGCUUUGGCUCGGAGAGCAUGACGAUCUCGACAAUGGUCUGGCCGGGCAUUGGAAAACUGAUUGAGUUCAGUAUCCCGAUGGAGCUCGAUCGGACCGUGCAUUCUGAGAUUUCCACUCUAUCUUCUAGAAGAUCUUAAAAUGUUCCGAUCGCCUUUCCAUCAUCACAUUGUGUUCUACGACCAAGAGGCCAAUUUCCAAAUCUGGAACAGUGGGCGCGAUCCCUUGUUUCAAGGUUAUGUCUUCCGGCCCCUACCGCACUACCACAGGCAUCAAUAUCAUCGGGGGGGGGACUCUCCAGUCUAGUCGUCCCAUGAUCGGUAUGUCUUGACAAAUCACAACCGUAUGGGGCCACCAAAACUUGCUGCCAUGUGGUGUCCGGUCCGAUUCCAAAUAGAGAUUCUCUCUUUAUUCUCUAUCCCCACAUCCUCAUGCCCAAGCCCCCCGUCAGACAAUACACUCGCGCUUGGACCAUUCCUCUUUUGGGGCUACUGCCUGCCGCUAAAGCGAUCUCGUCCUCGCGCGCAAGUAUAAGUCUUUACCCUUGCUUCCCAAUCCUGGAAGUUUUUACCUCCACAAGAUCACCGUAUCCCGAGUACCUUGCCUCUAUUCGAUUCCCUAGCCCCAGGAUUGUGUUUCUAGCGUCCACCCCCAGUCUCCUUGGCAGCCUUGCCUGUAACUGUACUACCGCAGGUGCUAGCUACCCUUGCAAUCCUUCACCACAUCCCUCUCAUGCCCUUCCAUGAUACCAAAUGCAAUGUUCUUUACUAUGUCUUUACAUUCUUGUCAUGUCUUCUCCCUACCACGUGUUUGACCUCUUUUAUACCCUCUGUCGCCCGUGAUCUUUCCCUGGCUCUGCUCUCGUUCCUUUAAUGCAAGCUUGCUCCGUCUCCUUCUGCCUCCUUUCCCAGUAACAUGUCCAACACUUCUCCGCUGGCCCGCGGCUGUUCAUUUCUGUACAUACUUUACCUUUUUGGUGGGUGUUUUCGGGAUUCUUUCUUAUUUCUCUUCGUCCAGGCUCAAAUUGGAGGUUGGUGUGGGGCACGUAAUAGAGAGACCCUUGUUCUUUGCGAAGCAACCCCCGAGGUUUCACCUUUAGGCUCAGGCUAUGGAGGUUUGCUUUUUUCUCGAGGUUCGGUUCCCGUUUAUACUUGGCUGUGUUGGAAUGGGGAGUCAUAGAGCGGACGUGACUAUCAUCAAAUAGCAACAAAAACACUUUAUAUAAAAUGGUACAUUUACAUGAGAUGCUACACUAUUU